AUGGCCUCCGACAAGGAGCACCCGCUCGAGGGCGCAGUCAUUUGCUUUACGUCGGUAUCGCUGGAGCAAAGGACGCAACUCAUCAGCAUUGCAAAGGAAAUGGGCGCAUCCGAAAGACCCGACUUGACGUCAGACGUGACCCAUCUACUCGUUGGAGCGACCGACUCUCCAAAAUACAAAUUUGUGGCCCGUGAGCGAAACGAUGUGGCAGUGUUGAAGCCAGAAUGGAUCGAAGCUGUACGGCAGGCUUGGAUGCAGGCAGAGGACAUGGAUAUUCGAGCAUUAGAGGAACAAUACAAAUUACCUACGUUCUUCAACCUGACACUUUGCAUUACCGGAUUCUCUGAUAUGGCCUUUCGGACCGAAAUGCAUGACAGGGCCGUGGACAAUGGGGCUGAAUUCCGCAAAGAUUUGACCAAGAGCGUCACUCAUCUUAUUGCCCGUAAUACGGAGGGCGAGAAAUACAGAUUCGCGACGCAAUGGAACAUAAAGGUUGUGACGGUCAAGUGGUUUCACGACUCCCUCGAGCGUGGGAUGAUUCUCGACGAGGAAAAAUACCACCCAAUGCUUCCACUGGAAGAGCAAGGCGUGGGAGCAUGGAAUAGAUCCAUUCCAGCGGCGAAAGCACAUUCCGGGAAAGAAAGGUCUGCUACCACUGACAACGCCUCAAACCCCCGGCCUAGGAAGAAACUGCGCCGGGCUGCGAGCACCAAAUUGGUGGGCCAAAAUGAAAAUAUAUGGGGAGACAUAAUUGGCGCGGGCUUCGCGAACAGUGAAACGACAGACCAAGGGACUGUCCAGACAGGAAACAGUGUUGAGAAGCCUAAACCCUUCAUCCAGGCCGCAAAAUCUUUUGCGAGCGAGACAACCUUUAACGAGACCGCGGAAACCCAUGAUCAGCCGGAAACACUUCAAAAAAUUCCUGAGGGCUUCCUCCAUGGGUCCUAUUUCUUUAUCAACGGCUUUUCUCCUAGACAGAUGAGUGUCUUACGACAUCAUCUUCAAUUUAACGGCGCCCAGUGUGUGGAAACACUUAGUGAAUUCUCUCGCCCGAGUAUACCCAAAACAGGCCAAGGACUGUACAUCAUUGUACCCUACAAAACUCACAGAUCAGAAAUUCCUUCGACUGACGACCUGGCCUUUGAGUGUGAAGUUGUAACCGACAUGUGGCUGGAAAGAUGCCUCGAUGCCAGAGCACUCGUCCCACCAGAGUCGCAUGUUGCAAGCACGCCUUUCCCGAAAUUUCCACUCCCAGGAUUAUCUGGGAUGCGGAUUUGCUCUACUGGCUUCGCGCGUAUUGAUCUGCUUCACCUCUCCAAGCUUGUGGAGUUGAUGGGAGCAACGUAUGACGAAUAUCUUACAUCCAAAGCUUCCGUGUUGAUAUGCAAUGAUCCCCAAACUGCCAGUCAUGACAAACUACGGCACACCACCGAAUGGGGAAUCCCAGCAGUAUCUGCCGACUGGCUAUGGAUUUCCAUUCAGUCGGGCCAGAAGAAGCCAUUCGAGCCCUAUGUUGUCCGAAGAUACACGACUCAGAGCAGUGGUAGCAUGUCAAAGCCAGCUUCGAGAGAAUCGUCUCAUCGCCAGACUGAAAAAGCACGAGACAAACCUGCUCGAGGCUCCUCAGGCUCUCACAAAGAGAGAAUCGAUAAGCCCAUAUCAGGAAGGACUAGCAACACACGAAUCAUGCCUGUCAUUGGCGACGGAUUCGCAAAAGAAGAGGGUCCAUUCGAGCCGCCCAAACCGUCAGUUCCAGAAUCACGAUCUCCCUCACCGGAAACGGUAAUAGGAAACCAGCAUCGCGAAGAUCAACCCACUUACCAACAGGCACCAGACGAAGCACCUUCAGCCGCAGCUCCAUCCGCUUUGGACACAGCACUAAAAGGUCUUCUCCAACAAGCUCAAGCUGCCAAAAGCCGACAACAUAGCGAGAACACCUCCACCAACGAAGAAGAUAGUCACCCACCACAAAGAAGACGCAAGCCUCUGCUGGGACGUGCAUCGUCUCAUCAUUCAAAACCUGAAGCCACUGGCCCCUCUCGAGCGAGUUCAAUUGACACACUCAACGACGACGGGCUAGGCACUGCCCUGGAAAGCGCUGACCCGACCCGCGAUAAUUCACUGUCCCGAACUAACAGCCGCAACGGCCAAAGCCUCUCAUCCAUGUUCAGCGGAGGGAAAUUUGACUUCCUGGCUGAUAAACUUCCCGCCCAACUUGACGGUGAGGACGAAGAGAACCAAGAGCCUCAGAUGACCCAGCUAGACUACGAGGAUGCUGAUGCGGCUGCUAUGAGGGCCGAGUUCCUGCGCGAUGCCGGGAAGGACGUUGGAAAGAUAAAGAAGCCCGACGCGGGUCUAUUUGGUCAAGUUCGUGAGUUGGAGGAUGUUGGGUGGGGAUCUGGGCGGCGGACUAGGAAGCACAUUGCAAAAUUCGAUGAUGAGUGA